CAAGUGCAACCAUGUAUCCCUCAAAAUUGACAUUGCUGUCAAUGUCCCAUGUCCCGCUGUAGUCCACUGGCAUUUUGGUCGUUUGUUUGACUCUCUGGAAGACUAAAGAGCACGAGUAUCACGAGUGAACGAAUUUAAAGUUAAUGGGUGGGAUGUUUCAUUGUGUGUCAAUAUGGGGCAGGGGUGAUAAGCUGCCGGCUAUUUUGGACACAAUAAGAAGGAGGCGCACUGGGCAGAACAGGAUUUUUUACACAUAUUGUGAGGAAAUUACUCUGUUCCUGUUAUGAAGUAAGCCUCUACACAGGGUGAUCUUAAAGCUUAUGAGAAUACUGCAUCUUUAAUACUGUUCUGUUCAGGUUUCACCCCGAAAAACAUAACAACCUAAUUCUCAAGAUAAAAUGUAUGCUCAUGUUGUUGGGCUUUCAGGGAAUACAGAAGUCUCUGUGCAUGUGCAGCAUGAAAGACAAUCCUUCCUCCUGCUCACAUGUGGAGCUGCUGGCACUUCUUCAGCUGUGCAACGAUCAGGAACAGUGUUACGGUGGACGUCUGUCUGAAUGUGCAACAUCCAUGUUUCUCUACAUGCUAAUCUUCAUGGCGUAUCAUGGCAGCAGAUGGAUGCCGAGGAAUCAGAGAUUAAAAUUUCAGAUAGUGAAUGCAGUGUUCACGGCACUUGUUCUGGUCCCUCAGUUUUACGUCAUGGGAAGGCCAAAAUCCUCAAGAUACUGCAGGCAGCCUCUUCUGAACAACCUUUCAGCCUCCAUUGCCUUUUCCUUCGUAGCUUCAGGUUUUUCAGUGAUAUUCACAUUGAUAGACCCAGUUCCUCAGAGUUUGUGGGCUUCCUAUCAUGUGUUUGGGCUGCUGACAUGUGGACACGGACUAUGCACUGCCAUCUUGACUCUGACAGCAGCAGCAUGUGCUAAAACCACCCCCGAGCUGUACUACAUGUCCCUCAUUCUAACGGCCCUUUCUAUUUUCAGUACAGGGUUUUUCGCUGUGAGAGGAGGACUGUGGUUGACCAACAGGCUGCCUGUGACCGAAAGCAGUCCAGCUGUCCCACGUUGACAUCUGAUACUCCACAUAUUAAGAUUUCAUGUGGUUUCCAUGCCACCAACCGCUCGUAACUUAAAACCAUGGGAACAUAAAAAAAAAGGGAAAGGGACUCACGUUUUAAAGCUCACUUCAGGAAAAUGUCACAAAGCAGGCGUUUGUCUCGAUUGUUAAAGCUAUUUGAUUUUUAUUUGUUGAUGAUUUACAUUUGCUACAUUUGUUAAU